AUGAGCAUAUUCUAUGGUCAAAAUGUUAAUGGCAAUAAAAGAUUAAGUUAUAAUGAUAUUAUCAACCUUAAAAUGGCCAUUGGAGAUUUAUUUGUAGCUGGAACCGAGACAACAUCAACUACUAUAUUAUGGUCUAUUUUAUAUUUUCUACAUUAUCCACAAGUUUACCAGAAAUGCUAUAAAGAAAUUCAAGAUGUUGUAGGAUCAGGUCGACUACCGUCUGUAAAAGAUAAAGUGAACAUGCCCUAUUUUGAAGCUUUCAAUAUGGAGAUUCUUCGCCAUGUUAACAUUGUACUGGUGGGAGUUCCACGUGCUGUCAAAGAAGAUACUGUGUAUCAAGGUCAUUUUAUACCCAAAAAUGCCAUUAUUUUGCCAAAUGUUGAUUCAGUUUUAGCCUCUGAUGAAAUCUGGGGCGAUGCACGUGCUUUCCGUCCUGAACGAUUUUUAGAUGAAAUGGGCCGGGUGAUACAUCGUGAAGAAUGGAUUCCAUUUUCAAUAGGUCGUCGAAAUUGUUUAGGAGAAGGCUUGGCUAAAAUGGAACAGUUUUUGUUUUUGGCAACGUUAGUACAGCGGUUUGAUUUCCAAGCUGAAGAUCCACAGAAUAUACCACCAUUAAAAGGGAACUAUGGAAUAACACACGCUCCCAUGAAGUAUAAUGUUCAGUCUAUACCCAGAUAGACAUAAUAUGUGAUAUUAUAUAAGUUUUUUUUAAUAUUGUGCCUACAUCUGGUGUUUUCGCACAUAGAUAUAUAGGGCUUCAGGAAAUACAUCGUAUCAUAGUCUAGAUAAAUGUAACACAGAUGUUACUUAGUUUGGUUGAUUGGACAUUUCUGUGUUUUUGUAAUUAUUUUUAGAUGUUCUGAAAGAAGUUUAAUAUUACCCAUUAAUAGAAUACUUUACGGGACUAUUGAUUAAAGGCAUAUUAUCCAC